CUUGUCGUUUUAUUACAAAAAAGUCUCCAUCUUUUCUCUUCAACUCUCCACCACUGUCACCACCAACACCACCACCACCACACAUUAUCAUCACUUGUCAUUUUUAGUGGAUUCUAAAGUACACUUAUUGAUUUUUCACUGUUCUUGAUAACCUCAGUUUUCCUAAUUAGAUUCUCUUUGUUCCUCAUAAAUUAUCUGAUCUAACUUACAUUAAUCUUGCCCCAAGUUUUCAAAGUCUUUCCCUUUCUUUAAUGGCUCUGUCUGCAUUUGCUUUUCCUUCUUACAUAGUAGCCACCAAAGGUGUUUCAACAGACUCUUGUAAGUCAACUUCUCUGUCUUCUUCUAGAUCUUUGGCUACAGAUCUUCCAUCACCAUGUCUCAGACCCAACAAUUCCCAUUCAAACAGAAAGGCAAAAGUGAAUGCUUCACUUGCAGAGAAGGGUGAAUAUUACUCAAACAGACCACCAACUCCAUUACUUGACACAAUCAAUUACCCAAUCCACAUGAAAAAUCUAUCCAUCAAGGAACUGAAACAACUUUCUGAUGAGCUGAGAUCAGAUGUGAUCUUCAACGUCUCGAAAACUGGUGGACAUUUGGGGUCAAGUCUUGGUGUUGUGGAACUCACUGUGGCUCUUCACUACAUUUUCAACACCCCACAGGACAAGAUUCUUUGGGAUGUUGGUCAUCAGUCUUAUCCUCACAAGAUUCUUACCGGGAGAAGAGGAAAGAUGCCGACUAUGAGGCAAACCAACGGUCUCUCCGGUUUCACCAAGCGAGGAGAGAGUGAACAUGAUUGCUUUGGUACAGGACAUAGCUCAACCACAAUAUCUGCUGGCUUAGGAAUGGCUGUAGGAAGGGAUUUGAAAGGGAAGAGCAACAAUGUAGUUGCUGUGAUUGGUGAUGGUGCUAUGACAGCAGGGCAAGCUUAUGAAGCAAUGAACAACGCUGGAUAUCUAGACUCUGAUAUGAUUGUCAUUCUUAAUGACAACAAGCAAGUCUCAUUACCUACUGCUACUUUGGAUGGACCAAGUCCACCUGUUGGAGCAUUGAGCAGUGCUCUUAGUCGGUUGCAGUCUAACCCAGCUCUCAGAGAGUUGAGAGAAGGUGUGACAAAGCAAAUAGGCGGGCCAAUGCACCAAUUGGCUGCUAAGGUUGAUGAGUAUGCUCGAGGAAUGAUAAGCGGGACUGGUUCAACACUGUUCGAAGAACUUGGUCUCUACUAUAUUGGUCCAGUUGAUGGGCACAACAUAGAUGAUCUGGUAGCCAUUCUUAAGGAAGUCAAGAGUGCCAGAACGACAGGACCUGUACUCAUUCAUGUGGUAACAGAGAAGGGCCGUGGUUAUCCUUAUGCAGAGAGAGCUGAUGAUAAGUAUCAUGGUGUUGUGAAAUUCGAUCCAGCGACUGGUAAACAGUUCAAAAGUACUAACAAGACUCAGUCUUACACUACUUACUUUGCGGAGGCUUUGGUCGCGGAAGCUGAGGUAGACAAAGACGUGGUCGCGAUUCAUGCAGCCAUGGGAGGUGGGACUGGCUUAAAUCUCUUCCAACGUCGCUUCCCAACAAGAUGUUUUGAUGUCGGAAUAGCUGAACAACACGCAGUUACUUUUGCUGCUGGUUUAGCAUGUGAAGGACUUAAGCCCUUCUGUGCAAUCUAUUCUUCUUUCAUGCAGCGUGCUUAUGACCAGGUUGUGCAUGAUGUUGAUUUGCAGAAACUACCGGUGAGAUUUGCAAUGGAUAGAGCUGGACUUGUGGGAGCUGAUGGUCCAACACAUUGUGGAGCUUUUGAUGUGACGUUUAUGGCUUGUCUUCCUAACAUGAUAGUAAUGGCUCCAUCAGAUGAAGCUGAGCUCUUUAACAUGGUUGCAACCGCUGUUGCUAUUGAUGACCGUCCUUCUUGUUUCCGUUACCCUAGAGGUAACGGUAUUGGCGUUGCAUUACCUCCAGGAAACAAAGGUGUUCCACUUGAGGUUGGGAAAGGUAAGAUCUUAAAAGAAGGAGAGAGAGUUGCGUUAUUAGGUUAUGGCUCAGCGGUUCAGAGUUGUUUAGGAGCAGCAGUGAUGCUUCAAGAACGUGGACUAAACAUAACCGUAGCAGAUGCACGGUUCUGCAAGCCGUUGGACCGUGCUCUCAUUCGCAGAUUAGCUAAGUCUCACGAGGUACUGAUCACUGUUGAAGAAGGUUCCAUUGGUGGGUUUGGAUCGCACGUUGUUCAGUUUCUUGCUCUUGAUGGUCUUCUCGAUGGGAAGCUCAAGUGGAGACCAAUGGUGUUGCCUGAUCGGUACAUCGACCACGGCUCACCAGCUGAUCAAAUGGCUGAAGCUGGACUCAUGCCAUCACAUAUCGCAGCAACCGCACUUAACUUAAUCGGAGCACCAUGGGAAGCUCUGUACUGA